AUCGUCUCUAGACUUCGCAGUGCCGGGUCCUUUCCAUUCUCUUUUCGAGCUUCCGUGAAGCAUCUUUGAUUUGUUUACUGAAUCUGUCGCUGGUACGAUAACGUCAUUACUUUAAUACUUCUCCUGCCGAACGAGCUAGCUGGGCAUUCGUUCAACUCCUUUGCAUCGCGCUGUACGAUAUCACUCUCGUGAGUCACUCGAGAUGUAUACUCAAAGACUCCUCUUCGCAGCCCUUGCUGCUCUCUCCGUUUCCGCUCUUCCACUCAACAUAAAUCUUGGAGCAUACUCUCCAGCACUGGUAGUCGGUGAUGGUGAAAUAUCAUUCGGUGGAAGCCCUGAACGAGCAUCCGAGGUGCUUCAAACUCUCUCCACCGGUGCUCAAAAUGGCGCUGUACCAGCUGGCCAAGCUGCCCCGGCCGCUUCAGGCGGUGGUGAAGCAGCAACUCGACCAGGUGAGGCCACCCCGUCUGCGGCAGCAGCAACCCCAAGCAGCACGCCUAGCACCAAGCCUGAGGGCAUCUCCUCGCCUCUGGUCUCUGCGGCGUCUGUAGACGACGGCGAUGCCGUGCCAAACGUCAAUGUUGCACCUGGGCUCUCCGGAGACGCCAAUCAAUUGCCUGCUGAAUACAUCUCCCAUGCCAUCGCGAGCAAUAGAUAUCCUAACAUGGCUAAAGCGAAACGAUACGUCGUCGUCGAGGAUGCGCCGGCUGUUGCAGAACCCGAGAAGAUGGUGAGAAAGAGCAAGAGAGAGUCCACAGCGCUUGCAGAGAAGGUCAAGCGCGACAUCGAUGGCUUUCGAGCCGCCCUCCAGUACGCCCGCGACGCCCAGCUGACCCAGCCAAGAGUUGAGCUUGCAUUUGGAAUCACCCAGAAUGCAGGAGUCAAUGUGCCUGCCAACAGCGCCGCUAAUGGUGUUUUGCCAAACGGCCAACCGAGACCUCCAGUCAAGCGAGAGGCUCUUCCAGAGCCAGAGGCGGAGGUGAGACGAGAAGCUACUCCGGAGCCUGAGACAGACGAGAAGCUGGGUAUGACCUUGAUUGCAAUCAGCGAGAUUUAAGCAUAGGCUCAUCAAAAUGCUCCGCAUUUGCUUUUUUGAGCUACGCGCUGCCUUUUAAGGGUACCUUUUAAAAAGGGCAAAUGGUUCAAGCCAAGAUUUGGCAUUGUGGCGCGUACUCUGGGUUUACUUGUUGUAUACACUACGUUGAACCAUUGUUGCAUAGACAGUCGAGAAGAACAUUUGCAAAGAUCUGGUUCUGGCUCAUAGGCUGAUCGGGAGGACAGUGGAUUCAUGCAGAUUAUGUGUAAAAAACGAAUGGAAACAAUUAAAAUGCCGAAUUCAACA